AAACAGGAAGUAGAUUGCGUCAACAAUAACUUCGAUAAUGAUGGAACAUCUUUGAUGAACAUUUUUAACACGAGUAGUCAACAAGUAGGAUCGCGCUAAUCUCAAAGAAUAAUACAUUUUCAACAUAAACUAAAAUGGAAGACAACAAAGAUGCAACUAUUGACCCAGAAAAUGGACUGUGAAGAAAUGCAUACAAUCAUAAAAAGCACCAGCAACACAUGCCUGGUUGUGGUAGCAUAUGGUGAAAUAAACGGGAAAGUUGUUUCAGUUUAGAUCACAGUUUUCUUUAAUACAACAAAAAUGAAUAACAUAGACUUAACACAUCAACAACAUAGAUAAAUAUAUCAGUAAAAUAUAAAAACGAAAACUUGAUAAAAAAAUUUCCAUUAUUUUUUAUGAAAAUAUGGCUACAAGUGGAAGUUUCAAGAAAGGGGAAGGGGCACCGGUCCGUCCCCCACCUCCAAAAGUGGGAGGUAUGAUGAGCUUCAGCUUCAAGGCAUUAGAGGAGGAGGAAGAUGAUGAACUCUCUAUGGUGACCAGAAUGUCAGAUAGAGGGAAGGGGGAGGGCAAGGUGGGUGAGCCUAAAGAGAAGAGGGAGGAUAUUGACAGAGCCAGGACACAGUCCAAAUCUCCAGAACCAUUGGUGCAGAGUAAAGAAGCAGUGCUUUCUAGCUCUCCGUCAUCUAUGAAAAGUCAUUACUCUUUUGAAAAAUUAAUGGACAUAAAGGAAAAACUUGUGAAAAAGACUGAUAGUUUGUCAGAGUCAUUUAGAAAUAAAGAUAAAACAGGAGUUGGUCCCAAAGAUUUAUAUGCUUCACAAAGUGUGCAAAAAAGUAUCCCUGAGAGUGGACAGAAAAGUAAGCCUGAAGAGACAGUGAGAAAUGAUGAACUUCAUGCAGUAGAUAGCAAACAAACAGAAAAAGAUGUUAAAACAAAUACUAAGUUUAUUUCAUAUGAAAAGGAAUGGACAGUCGAUGUGCAAAACAAAGCUGAGGAAUUAGAAACUACUGAGGAAUAUUUUGAUCCAACUUAUGAAGAUUUUUCUGGUUUGCCACAGGUAGAUUUGUUAAGAAAACGCAAAGCAGAACCAAAUCUGAGGAAUAUUAAACCAGAAGUACCUUCUAGUCCAGUUGCCAUGUCAAAAUUUAGUCCCCAGACAGUAGAAAAGGAUAAUAUUGUGGAAAAAGAAAUGCAAUCAGCAAGCAAGAUACAUUUUGAAACAGGUUUAAGUGAAUCAAGUAAACAGGUAGGAACGGUGCAAAUCAGAAACACAAACAUUCCAGUUAAGAAAAUUUCCAUCUCUGCAGUGGUGCUUUUGUUAUGUGUGAUUCUGCCACUCCCUUCCUUCCUAAGUGGACUGAUCACUGGUACCCUGCUGGCGUCUGUAGGCUGGUUUUUGUUCCUGUGGAUUACAGAACCGGCCAAGCCAAGGGAGCCUAUCCUGGAGGACCCACCACUUGAAGAGUUACCUCCCAUGUUAAUGCCAGAAAUUAGGGAGCCAAAGGCAGAUGAAAGUUUCUAUAAGGGCUGGAUGAAUGAGCUUGGAGAGUAUAAUCCCGCGACAUACUCCAUCAACCAGACCCACUCCAUCUACAUUGACUUGGAGAGAAGCACACUGCGGCUCAGGCGGCCCAAGGUGAAUGUUCUUAAACGAGCCAUGUGGGAUGAGCCCAGCCACAACCCACAGUUCAUCCAUCAGAGACAUUUUGAUAUCGAAGGAAGCAAGGUGUUCCUCGUUCCAGCAGGUUUAGUAAAGAAACGUUUGUGGAGCAAAAAGUAUCCAAUUUGUAUUGCCAUUGGUAAAACCAAUCAUCGACAGAAUGCUAGGUCAGAUUCUGCACCACAGUCUCCUGUGAGUUCUACAUUGGUUCCAGGCAUGAAAAUGAGUACCAGCCACAGUUCUGAUUCUGUUAAUGGAUUUGAAGUUGUGAAUGAAACAGCAUGUGACUCGUUUGUUCUGUACUUGUUUGCUCGAACCUGUCAGGAGAAGGAACAGUGGUUCAGACGUUUUUUGGCUGCUGCGAAAGGAUCUCCUCUGAAAAACAAUGUGCUUGAAAUCAAGAAUUUGGUAGAAACAUUCAAUAUGAAACAUACAAGAAAUAGUAGCACAGAUAGUCUUAAAUUUGGUAAUCGCCAAUCAUCAUCAGAUUCCUUGUCAUCUAUUUCGUCCAAUGUCACUGGAGAACAGGUUCCAGGUAGUUUUGAUCUCAAUGCUUUUGUGAUAUACAUGACACGUCUCAUGCCGCGCACCACAGCAAGCAGUGUCCCAUCCAGCCCUACUCACAGUGUCAGCGGAAAAGACAAAGAGCCUUUAUCACGAGAGAAGGGUUCACCUGCCCCAGGAAGUGGUGGCUCCAAGAGUAUUGUGUGUGAUCCAGCAUUACUUCCCUUGAAUGCAGUCAUUGGGCGAUGCUUCUAUGACUUUCUAGGUGACAAAUAUUGGGCAGAGAAAGUCAAAGACAAGCUACAAAAGAAGCUGUCAAAAAUCCAUAUUCCAUACUUUAUUGAGGACCUGAAGAUAAGUGAAAUCUGUCUUGGGAGGGAAGUGCCGGUGAUACGACGUGCUGCCAAGCCUUACCUAGACGAGAAUGGUUUCUGGGUUGACCUUGACAUCACCUACAGUGGCAAGUUCAAGAUGACGAUUGAGACCAAAGUGAACCUUCUGAGACUGAAGCAGCCUCCACCUGCACCAAAACCAGUGGUAGAGAAACAGGACAAGUCAGCAGUGACGAACAGUGAUGAAGAAGACAGUGCAGAAUCCUCCACAGAUGAAGACGAGGAGACGGCCAGUGUGAACGAGGAAGGCCAAUCAGGAGGCACUGGUAAGAAGCUACUGAAGUACAUCAACAAGAUAACCAGCUCAAAGUACUUCCAGUCAGCCACGGAGUACAAGUUCAUCAAGAAGGCGAUGACCGAGGUGUCCAACACUCGCCUCAUUCUCACCGUGGAGCUACAGAAGCUGAGUGGAACCUUGGCACUCAACAUACCCUGCCCACCCUCAGACAGGCUCUGGUAUGGUUUCCGUGGUAACCCCCAGCUCUGGCUGGUAGCAAAACCUAAAGUGGGUGAGCGAGAGGUCACCAUGACUCAUAUCACAGAUUGGAUAGAGAAGAAACUGGCCUUGGAGUUCCAGCACGUAUUUGUGAUGCCCAACAUGGAUGACUUGGUGGUUCCCAUCCUGUCAGCAGGCCCCGAGGUGGAGGAACACACCGCCAUGCCUCAGCCUGCGCAGGGAUCUGAGGUCUAACCCUUUCCAUACUCAUUGAAGGAAUGGAUCUCAUGUUUAACCCUCUUCCUUGAGGGAUCAGAACUCUGCAUUCAUGGAUCAGAAGUCAAGCCCACUUUGCUUGAGGUUUAAACCUAUAUACAUGAAGAGAUCCAACGUAUUAACUCCUCAUUUUUAGAGACCAGUGAUGUAACUCCAUUAAAAUUGAACUAUAGCUGAUUUUUGUUUUGUGUUUUUGCAAAUAAAUAUAAAUACAAGGCAACUCUUGUCACCCUAGGCUGGUGUAAAAAAAAAAAUCAUCUACUGUAAAUGGUAUUGAAAUAUUUUUUUUAAAGUUCAGUACUGAAGUGAAUUAAAGCAUGAUAAUUUUUACGAAUCCAUGCUUCUUAUUCAUUGCAUGUGUCAUGGUGCAAACACAAGCAAAGCUCUGACUUAUUUCAUAUUUAAGUGAAGAGCACUAAAGACUGGAGACUCCAUGUGAAUAGUUGUCCUGUUUUCUUUGUAACAUUUUAUUCUCCUAUUUAUUUAAAUUCCACUGCUAAUAAUACUUACCGGUAAGUUUUUUUAUUUCCUUCAUACGAUAUACCAUGUAUAUUAUAUAAGUUUAUUUUCAUUGUUGUUGUGUUGUUUACUGCUAUAGUUUCCUGUUUUUCAUUCAUUGUUUUUGGCUUUUUUCGUGUCUAACUAAUUGAAGCUUUGUUUUACUGUGACAGUUCACUAAUACACAUGUGCUGGAGUGAAGAAAUGUCCAACUUUCACAUCAUUUUCACACUCUGACUUUAUACUUGACAACUUCCGUACCCAAAUAGGGACAUUUAUCUAGUCUGGAUGUAAAAUAUCAGAUGUAAGAUUUCCAAACACAAGGUGUGCCACUGAUUUUACUUCAAAAUGACACGUGUGGAGAGGUGAGACCUGAUUUGGAAUGUCAGUUUUCUUUCUUUAGCUUGACUAUUCGUUUAAUAGUCCAAGCUGUUCUACUCACCCAAAUGUCAGCUGUUUGUCUUUGUACUUCUCUGGUUAAGGUAAAAGUGGAAUAUCUCCUCCUCAUUUUUUCUACGACAGACAUUCAAUUGUAUGGUUUGGGUGUUUUAUGUGAGGCCAUAGACGAAGUUCCAUAACUCUAACUUGCAAUUUAGCGGAAUAAGGCUGCUUUUUUUUAAUUGAUGAAGGUAAAUGUGCAAUAUCUCCAUAGCGCUGUUACUACUGCUCAUAUCCAAUUCAUACACAUGUUCAGGGUCAUUGUGUUAGGCCCCUGACCAAGCUCCAUGACCAGCAAUUUAGGAUUAUUAUUCCUGUUUUUUAUGCAGUACAUUGGUUAAUGUUAAAAUGCAACAUAUUAUUGUUUCUACUACAAGUAUUAUGUUGAAACUUCACUCA